AUGGCCUCAGAAACCAGCGCUGUGACCCGUGUCAUGCUGCUGAGCUUGGGAUGCUCGUGGAUGGACCUGCUGUACCCUAAGCUGCUGCUGGAGGCAGGAGGGAAGGGAGAAGCAGAAAAGGGGGGAGAAGAGGACCCUAGCACAGCUGUGCCCUCUGCCCGUGGCUUUGGGAGGGUGGGAGGAGGAGGUGUUUUCUCUUGGGUGAAGAUGCCUGGCAGAGCCCUGAGUUCACAUUGCCGCCUCUGCAGUUUAUGGGGUGGGGAGUGGAGAAGCCGCAGUGAUCUAGCAGGAGGAUUCCUGGAACAUCCACCCAGCGAGGCAGAGAGUGCCAGAGGGAAGCCGAGGCUGGCGCAGGCCGCUGCUGGAGCAGGGCAGUGUCCCAGCCUUCUCCCAGGGCGGUGUUUUCUAGAGCGGGUAGGUAAAGAUCCUAUUUCCAUCAAGAAAUCAACUGAAAUUACCGGAUGCAGGGAGAAAAAGUAUGAUUAUUAUAGCCUGCCGAAAACCUCCGUUGUGAUAGCGUUUUAUAAUGAGGCUUGGUCAACACUUCUGCGAACUGUUCAUAGCGUUCUUGAGACAUCUCCAGAUAUACUUUUGGAAGAAAUUAUCCUUGUAGAUGAUUACAGUGACAAAGAACAUUUAAAGGAGGCUUUGGAAAACUACGUGGCUGGCUUACGCAAGGUGCGUCUUAUCCGUGCAAAUAAGCGAGAGGGGCUGGUUCGAGCCCGGCUGCUGGGGGCGUCUGUUGCGAAAGGAGACAUCCUGACCUUCCUGGACUGCCACUGCGAAUGCCACGAGGGCUGGCUGGAGCCACUGCUGGCAAGGAUUGCGGAAGAAGAAUCAGCUGUUGUCUGCCCUGUUAUUGAUGUUAUUGACUGGAAUACGUUUGAGUACUUGGGAAAUGCUGGUGAGCCACAGAUCGGUGGAUUUGACUGGAGACUGGUCUUCACUUGGCACAGUACCCCUGAAAGAGAACAAAAACGGAGGAAGUCCAAAACUGAUGUGAUCAGGUCUCCAACCAUGGCAGGUGGAUUGUUUGCUGUGAGCAAGAAGUAUUUUGAUUAUCUUGGUUCAUAUGACACAGGAAUGGAAGUCUGGGGAGGAGAAAACCUUGAAUUCUCAUUUAGGAUAUGGCAGUGUGGAGGAAGCCUUGAGAUCCAUCCAUGCUCACAUGUAGGUCAUGUCUUCCCCAAACAAGCUCCAUACUCCCGGUCCAAAGCUUUGGCAAACAGUGUGCGUGCAGCUGAAGUGUGGAUGGAUGAAUAUAAAGAACUUUAUUACCACCGAAACCCACACGCUCGCCUGGAACCAUAUGGAGAUGUGACAGAAAGGAGACUCCUUCGAGAGAAGCUGAAAUGUAAGGACUUCAAAUGGUUCUUGGAGAACGUGUACCCAGAGCUUCACGUACCUGAGGACAGACCAGGCUUCUUCGGAAUGCUGAAGAAUAGAGGAAUGGCAAACUUCUGUUUUGAUUAUAACCCUGCAAAUGAACAUCAGGUAACUGGACAGAGGAUCAUACUGUACCCAUGUCAUGGCAUGGGACAAAAUCAGUUUUUCGAGUACACAUCCCAUAAUGAAAUACGUUACAACACCCGGCAGCCGGAAGUCUGUGCAGCAGUCGAUUCAGGGACGGACUACUUGACAAUGUACUUGUGUCAAGAAAAUGUCCACAGUAUUCCUGAAAACCAGAAGUUCGUUUUCAGAGAGGACGGUACUUUGUUCCAUCUACACACCCAGAAGUGCGUACAAGCAGAGUCAAGCGCUUACAACGGUAACCCAGCACCGUUAUUACGACCAUGUACCAACUCAGACUACCAAAAGUGGUUCUUCAAAGAGAGAAGUUGAUCCAGAUGUCAUCUAGGAUAUAGCUGAAUAUGACAAUGUUCUCUUUUUAGUCAGCAGUUAGUCAGCCUUUUGAAAAUCACACAAGUGAUAUAUUUUUGUAUGGAAAGAACUGUAAUUAGUUUACAAGCCUUGGAUUUUGUUUUCUGGAGCAUUAAAAGGCACUAAGCAUUGAGAGCUACAUAAAGUGCAUGCUGUGGUUAUAUCAUGCCACAGAAUCUGCUCCUCUUUUCUCUUUAUUUGGCAGCUACAUAACUGCUUCUGAAGUGUCUUAGGUUCUUUUCACAAGUGACAAUAUAUUUUUUUCAAUCUACUGUGUGAAAGUA